AUGGUUUUGUCAAGUACGACGGAAUCGACGAAGGUUUAUUAUUACUUGGAUGAUAAUACACCUUAUCUUUCUGUUAUUCCCGUAUCCGAUCAACUUAUAACACUUGGUGAUUUUAAAAAGGUUUUCGCAAAAAAAGGAUAUAAAUAUUUUUGUAAACAAUUGGAUGAAACGAUAGGAUGUGAAGUGAAGGUGGAAAUUUGUGAUGAUGCAACUAAAUUGGAAAAAUCGGCAAAUGGUCUUAUUGAGCUUGUGCUAAUGUCGAUUGACGCAAAUCACGCUUUCGCAGGGACACUUCCAAGGAUUGGCAAUAUGAAAGCGCAACGAGAAUUUCAGACGACAAGUUGCAGUUCACGGGAUUAUAUGAUGAAAAAACGACGGUCAUUAUACGAUUUGUCUUCCGAAAAAACAGUUGGAAAUGAUUCGAGUAUGAAUCAUUUUCAUGCUUAUAUUUCAAAAAGUACUGAAAAUAGCGUAACAGCUAGCAGUCUAUCAACCGUUAUUAGCAAACGUGCAGGUGAAAGGUUGGCCGAUCAUUAUACUUCAAAUUCUGAAGAUCGAAUUGAUUCUCGAUUUUCGGUGAAUUCUGGUGCAUGUUCCUCAUCAUAUGGUGCAGUUAAACAAAAUGUCUUGCAUCAUAAAGCUUAUAGGCGAAGAAAGCCUCGAAAACAGAGAUAUAGGAGAACCUAUGUUCCUAGCACAAUUUCUUCUGUCAGUGAAAGCAGUAUCACUUCUUUAUCAUUGCCACGUAUUGAUGUAGUAACAUUGCCAAUGAAAAGUGGGACGUUUCUAGGAAUAUCUGUUUUAAGUCACGAUGGUGGAAUAUUCGUUAGUGAUAUUAUUAAAGGAGGUGCUGUUGCUUUGGAUGGAAGGAUUGAAGUAGGUGAUCAGAUCAUACAAGUUAAUCGUAGUUCUUUCGAAAAUCUGACAGAUUUACAAGCCGUUCAAUUGUUAAGACAAGCAGCAGCAAGUAAAAAACCUAUCACACUAUAUUUGGCAAAAAGGCCUUGUAACACGGAUAGCCGACAUGAUGUAUUCUCUGGAUUGGCUUCAGAAACGAUGCCUAUCGAUGUUUCAUUGUGGGUAGAGUGCACGAAGCAAAGUAAUGUAAAGCCUGUUCGACCUUUUGCCGUCGAUGAAACAGUGUCUACAAAGGAUGAUGAAGUUUUUCCUUUGGGCAACGAAACAGAGACUGAUGUGGAAGGUGCUUAUAUAGAGCGUCGUAAUGGAAUUUCUCUAAAAAAUAAAGAUAUUGCUCCACAAGACGUGCAGGCGAAUUUAUUAAAUGCAGAAGACGUUGAUAGAAGGCGUGAAAAUGAAGAAAAUGAAGAUUUUGCAGAGCAGUUGAUUGACAGUCUUAAUGUUAGCAUGGAUCCUUCCAUAAUAUUGAAACAAAUGACUCGAAUUGAUUCAGGAUUGCAAAUAAAAAAUCGUAAAUGGUUGAAAAUUCCUGUACCAAUGUCUUUCAUUGGUUGUGAUUUGGUAGACUGGCUUAUUGAUCACGUCGAAGGCAUUAAAGACCGUAAAAGUGCGAGGAUUUACGCUUCGAAAUUGCUUUCAGAGGGCUAUAUUCGGCAUGUUGUAAACAAGCUUACAUUCACUGAAAAAUGUUACUACAUAUUUGAUGUUGCCUCCUCCCUAGAUGUUUUGAUGACAAAGUAUGAUACGAUGAUGGUCGGGGGUAUUGGAAAGUUACAAAGAGAAGAAUCAAUAUUGUCGACAAAAAUUGGUGUGCAGACAGGUUCUAAUUGUAAGACAGGGCCGGAAGCAACUACAGAAAUCACUUAUGUAGGUUCUCCUACUUCACAGAUUCCUAGAUUUGGUCUUCGCAAUUCCAAUAAUCUUGGUAAUUUCACAUAUACUAAAAAAAAUAUAACUUUGGAUGAACCGUGGCCUCUCUCCGCGCUGUCAAAUGGCUCUUCAUUCAAAAGAAAGGAUUGCGAUAGUUUUAUGGUAAACGAUUACGCAUCAGUGAUUGCACCGGAUAUCAUUGCUUCAACUAUGCCGUCAUCGGUUGGUGAGAUUCCUUAUUUAAAAAGACCAUAUGCAGUUUCAUCUGUUUUAACAAAUCCACGGUUAAUUGAUGAUGAUAUUCGGGGAAUGCAACCACCAAAUACACCUAAUUCUGUUAUCGAUCAGUCGAAUAGAGGUAGUGCAGCUAGUGAAACUGAAUUUGAGGUCAUCGAUGAUGAAGGAAGAAAUAUUGCUUGCGCCACAAGCGAUUGA